AUGGAGCCUGCUGACGAAGAAUCAGAGCGCACUAUGGCCACUAAAGUCAAAGCCAACUCCGAAGACUUGCCUCCAUCGGCUUCAUCUUUGCCCAUGCAACCUCCUGGUUCCGAAACAAGCGAAACCCAUCCCCAACCUCCACCUAAGAUGACGACAACCAUUUACACCGCACGCGCUCUUCAUCGCAUACUCUACAACGCAUGCCUCGCCGGUCAGGACAUCACCCGCAUCGAAGAAACUUACCUGAGCGACCGCGAUUCCGCCGAAGAUCUUAUCCAAAUCUCCCCUCAGGAUGCGCCAAUCAUUCAACUCUGGGACGAGCAACAUUCCCGCCCAGAGCGCGUCCUGGGCGACCCUCUGUCUGCCGAGUCGAUAGCCCGGGCCAUAUUCUUGGCUCCUCACCCAUCAAACACCCUUCAACGCAAGAGUAGCCACCUGAGUCACGAAACUGGUUCUCUCAGACUGGCUGGUGUUGGUCCCGGUAUUCAAGAUACAUCAUCACUUCCUCGCACUGAACAGAACACGGAGCCUAAGCGAAAACCACAUUGA